AAUGGACUAACUUUUCUACAGUAAUGUUUUUACUCCACCCCUCUGAGCAUCACCGUCCGAACAGUGAACUUCCAACACUCUAAAACAAACCUACUUUUCAUGUUUGCAAGCAGUAAGUAUCUUCUUACUCUGUAAAAGUUUUACAGUUAAGCCUUUUAACAAUAAAUAUUGCGGUUUUCGUCGUUGUGGAGCUAUUGUAAAAGACUUUCACUUCAGCGUUUCUAAAAGGUACACAUUCCUACCUUUGCUUUGGAUCCAGCGCAGCAAAAAAUCUGCAGAAAGUCACGCGUGCAUAUAAAUAGGAUCUGGUCAUGAAGUAGCAACUGGUCCACAUGUUACGGGUAAUAUUACAGUUGAAGUGAGAACAGAAGGGGCUAGAGCGAUGCAAGUUUUACAAAUGAUACGACCACAAAUAAUAACUUUAAGGUGUUUGCUGUUGUCGCUAACACUGCUUCUUUUGACUGGUCAAGUCCAAGCCGGUGGGAAGUCCUACACGGGGCCAUGUGGAGGCAGAGACUGUAGCAGCGGAUGUAAAUGUUUUCCAGAAAAGGGUGCUCGGGGUAUGCCAGGUUUACUUGGCCCUCAGGGACCCAGUGGACCCCACGGAUUCCCAGGACCACCGGGAUUAGCUGGACAAAAAGGACAAAAGGGUGACCAAGGAAGACUGGGGAUCCACGGGCCCAAAGGAGCUAUGGGAGUAACGGGUGUGCCUGGGUUUCCUGGAGCAGACGGCAUUCCUGGUCAUCCAGGUCAGCCAGGAUCAAGAGGGAAACCUGGUGCUGAUGGCUGCAACGGGACCACUGGAGACCCCGGACAAUUUGGACUGCCAGGAUUUAUGGGCGUUCCCGGUUUGCCGGGUAUUCCAGGUUCAAAAGGACAGAAAGGAGAGCCUUUGCCAGUGACGGUAAUCAUGAAUCGAUUACGGGGGGACCCUGGUGACCGAGGCUUUCCUGGAAUUCCAGGCCCUCAGGGGCGUCCAGGCCCCGCAGGACCACGAGGCAACCCAGGGCCACAGGGACUGACAGGACAACAAGGACCUCCAGGACCAAAGGGUUCCCAUGGAGUAUCGCCUAAGGGAGAAAAAGGAGAACCAGGUGAGGUUGGGUUGCCAGGGCAACCAGGUACGCCUAGUCUCUCAUUUGGGAAGGAAUUAUAUGGACCCCCGGGUGAAAAGGGAGAAAGAGGUCCAAAAGGAGAGGCAGGCACAUCCAGUUUUUCAUCUGAAAAAGGAGAGGACGGAGUGAUGGGAUUCCCUGGGCUGAGGGGCUUGUCAGGUUUGGAUGGACAACCAGGAACCCCAGGGAUACAGGGAAUUGCAGGCAUCCUUGGUGUCCCAGGAAGAAACGGAGAUACAGGGAUGAAGGGUUCGAGGGGUGAAACAGGCCCCCCUGGACCAACAAUAUACGUUGACAUUGUACCUGUGCAGCUGAAAGGUUUCCAAGGUGAACCAGGAGCCGAAGGGGAGAAGGGUCAGCAAGGCAUGAGAGGUGAACCAGGUCUGCCGGGGUAUUCAGGGUUACGUGGACAACAAGCUUUCACACCAGGGAGACAUGGUCCAGCAGGCCCAACAGGCCCAAAAGGGGCCAAAGGUGUCAGUGGUGAACCAGGACUUCCUGCAGCCCAGCCCGGACCGAAGGGUGAAGAAGGACGCCCUGGCUUACCUGGCCCACCAGGACUCAAAGGCCCAAGUUUUCCUGGAGGCCCACCUGUAAGACCAGCUGAUCGAGGAGCGCCGGGCCGCCCAGGGAGAAAGGGAUUCAAAGGAGAUGCAGGGGAAUGUUUAUGUGAAACUUCCAGAGCCCCAGCAGGCCCCCCUGGUCCUGCUGGCAUUACAGGACCACCAGGAAGACACGGGGAACAAGGGCAACGUGGAGACUCAGGCGAUCCAGGUCCAACCGGGCCAAGGGGACUGCCGGGAUUUCCAGGAAAUGAUGGACCUGUAGGUAAACAAGGACAGAAAGGUGAACCUUCUACAGUAACUGAAAAAGGUCGUAAAGGAGAGCCAGGUGAUCCUGGUUUGCCCGGCCCACCUGGUCAGAGAGGGCGCCAAGGCAGAGAUGGUCACUAUGGCAUUCCAGGUUUAAAAGGCCUCCCUGGCGAUGGGGUAAAAGGCCAUCAAGGAGACAAAGGAUAUAUGGGCCCACCAGGUGUAAGAGGACUGAGGGGUGAAGUGGGUCAGCCCGGGCUUGGCUCUCAGUCUCAGAAAGGUAUCCCUGGGCUGCAAGGUGAUCCUGGCCUAGAUGGUGUCCCCGGGCCUGCAGGUUUACCAGGGCUUCCAGGAGAACCCUGUGACCUCACGACACCUGGUCCCCCGGGCCCUUCAGGGCCACCAGGACAAUCAGGCUUCCCAGGUAGGAAAGGUGCAGCAGGGUUACCCGGUCUGCCUGGCCAGAGAGGAUUUGAAGGACUCAAAGGCUAUUCUGGUGACCCAGGUGUAGGAGGAUUGCCAGGACCACCAGGCUUUAUCGGACCUCGCGGAGAUUCAGGCCUGCCAGGUCGUACUGGACAGAGGGGUUCCGCAGGGAGGUCGGGUUACCCAGGCGUGCCGGGAGAGCCAGGAGAGAAGGGGGCCCAUGGGGAGGUCCUGGGAGCCGCACCCGGAGCCCCAGGGGAAAAAGGUCCUCAAGGACAGAUCGGACAGAAGGGCCUGUCGGGAGAUCCAGGGCUGCCAGGAUUCAAAGGAAUGGAGGGCAUGCCUGGUAUCCGAGGCUAUAAAGGUGAGCAGGGUACUUUUGGCCUGCAGGGAGAGUCAGGCCAAGCAGGGCCGGCAGGGCUAAAAGGAUUCCCCGGACAGCAAGGAUAUCCAGGCUCUCCAGGAGCAUUCGGCUACUCUGGUCCACCAGGCCUGACUGGUGAGAGAGGGGAAGCAGGCGAUGAAGGCCCCCCAGGUCCUGUCGGAAUGAAAGGUGCCCCUGGCUCCCCAGGAAAUCCCGGGUCACCAGGGCAACAAGGCCACAUUGGCAAGCCUGGUGCUUCAGGUUUGGAUGGAUUUCCAGGCCUUCCUGGUCAAAAAGGGGUUAAGGGAUCAAAGGGAAUGCCAGGCUUUGACGGAAUGCAGGGCCAGAAAGGAGUAACAGGAUUUGAAGGGCAAAAGGGGGAGCCUGGAUUCCCUGGGGAGAUUGGAAAGAAGGGUGAAGUUGGAAAGCCAGGUGAAAAGGGUGAUCGCGGUAAAGCAGGACCCCCUGGUGAAAAGCCACACAUCCUACCGGGAAAAAUAAUUGAAAUGAAAGGUGAAAAGGGUGAUGUUGGUGAUCCGGGGAGUGAAGGAUUUACUGGACCAAGAGGCCUUAAAGGGAUGCCGGGGAUACCAGGCCAGCACGGUCAGCACGGCUUGCCUGGAGACCCCAGUGAUGUGAAGGGUGUUAAAGGCACCACAGGCACUCAAGGGCUUCCUGGUUUCAGAGGACCCCCCGGCUCCCCUGGGCCUACAGGAAUCAGUGGCUUUCCAGGAAUGCCAGGGGACAGGGGUGAAAAAGGUGUAACAGGGGACCACGGUCUUCCGGGUGACCCUGGGCUGAAGGGAAACAAAGGUGACAUUGGCCCAAGGAUUGACUUACCUGGCGUUUCGGGUCACAGAGGGGAAGUAGGUGAUCCAGGGCUGCCAGGAGGGACAGGUUUUACAGGGCAACCAGGAGACCAUGGAAAUCCAGGCUUUUCUGGCAUUGAUGGCAUGAAAGGCAAAAAGGGUCUUCCUGGGCAUGAAGGACCAACAGGCUCCGUAGGUAUGACAGGUUCUCCAGGAAAUCAAGGUGCCAAGGGUGCGCCCGGUGUACCAGGCCAGCCAGGAACCCCAGGAAAUUACGGACUGCCAGGCAAACGAGGUUUCCCAGGUGUUAAAGGUAUAAGAGGUCUUGAUGGACUGGCUGGACAGAAAGGAUUACCGGGGUCAACAGGUGCUGAUGGUUGGGGUUCUCAAGGCAUGCCUGGUGCUUCAGGGGCGAAGGGGGAGCCCGGAAUUCCCAGUGUCGAGCCGGGGGUGCCCGGAGUUCCAGGUCUAAAGGGGACAAGAGGAGACCCAGGUAAUGAUGGACCGAUGGGAUCUUCUGGACUUCAAGGCCCACCUGGGCUGCCAGGUGCCUCCGUCAGAGCAGGGUUGAGGGGGGACGUGGGCUCUCGAGGACCACAGGGGCAUCAAGGUUACCCCGGGGCUCAAGGUGUUCCAGGCAGGCCAGCUCUGCACGGUUCAGAAGGAGAGCCAGGGGAGCCAGGACCUCAUGGAAUGGACGGGCCCGCAGGCGUGAAGGGAGAGUCAGGGUAUUCAGGAGCAGCUGGAAUCAAUGGGGUCUCUGGGAUCAAAGGUCAGAAAGGUGAACAAGGCAUGAUGGGAUUCCCUGGCAGAGAUGGGUUACUUGGAGACAGGGGGCCAGUUGGACCAAAGGGCGAUACAGGACUCACUGGUUUGCCAGGUCCCCCAGGGUCUCCGGGGCCAGCCCCCUUACCCCCACGGGUGACAGGAGAGCGGGGUGCUCCUGGACCGCAUGGAAUACACGGGCCUGCUGGCGUUCAGGGGGAGUCAGGGCCACAGGGCCCCCCGGGAGAUUCAGGUUUCAUGGGCCCCAAUGGGAAAUCAGGUUUUCCAGGUGUGAGCGGCAGGCCAGGUAACCCAGGUUAUCGUGGUGAAGUUGGAUCCGUCGGCCCGCAAGGCCUUCAAGGGCUGGAAGGGUCAUCAGGUCGUGCAGGUAGCCCUGGUUUGCCAGGCAUGCCAGGCCGCAGUGCUAGCCUCGGGUACCUUCUAGUGAAGCACAGCCAAUCGGAUCAGACGCCAAUGUGCCCAGUGGGAAUGAGUAAACUCUGGGACGGAUACAGCUUGCUUUAUUUCGAGGGCCAAGAAAAAGCUCACAAUCAGGACCUAGGAAUGGCGGGAUCAUGUCUACCGAGAUUUAACACAAUGCCGUUCCUGUACUGCAACCCUGGGGACGUCUGUUACUACGCAAGCAGAAAUGACAAAUCCUACUGGCUGUCAACCACCGCUCCCCUGCCCAUGAUGCCAGUGGAAGAGGAUGAAAUAAAGCCAUACAUCAGCCGCUGCUCGGUCUGUGAGGCCCCGUCCCUUGCUAUUGCUGUGCACAGCCAGGAUAUCACAAUACCACAGUGUCCUGCAGGCUGGCGCAGUUUAUGGAUUGGUUAUUCCUUCCUAAUGCAUACAGCAGCAGGUGACGAAGGGGGCGGCCAGUCCCUGGUGUCACCUGGGAGUUGCCUGGAGGAUUUCAGGGCCACUCCCUUCAUUGAGUGCAACGGAGCGAAGGGGACCUGCCAUUACUUUGCAAACAAGCACAGCUUUUGGUUAACCUCAAUAGACAGUUCAUUCCAAAGUGCGAUUGUCUCAGAAACACUGAAAGCAGGGCAGCUCCUGUCUCGAAUCAGCCGGUGCCAGGUGUGCAUGAAGAACCUAUAACGUCCUCUAUUGAAAAAAUCUGGAGUAAAGCAAACUAUGUAUUUUAAUUGGUGCUUUAACUUAUUACCUCAGUGAAGCUUUUAAUAUGCAUCGACAGAAACAAAAGGUAUCCAGAAAAAAGUGAAGAAAAAUCCCCACCACGUCUUUAUGCUUAGUAAUGCUCAUAUAUAGAUGCAAAUAGUAUUUCAUAUUAAAAAACCACUAACAAUAUUCAUAAAUGUAUAGUUUUUGAAAGUUACAGAGCAAAAGUAUUUCUUCCAACACCUUUUGUUACUUUGCCUUUGCUUUUUUAUUUAGAUCUCUUAAUUUAGGGAACACCAGCAUGAUUUCAUGUUAUAGUAUUAUUUUUUCAAAUAAAAGGCAAACAUAAAGACAACAAAGCAACGGUUUGUUCUUUUCUUAAGGACAAGCCACAUAAAGCACAGAUUCGUUCAUUGUGUCCUUUUUGAUUACCCUUAGAAACUUCUUUUUAUAUACAAUUUGAUGACUGCAGGAUUUAGCACUGAGAAAACAAAAGGCACUGCAUGAAUCUUAAUGACUUUAAGAUCAAAGCUCUCUGUCUCUCAACAGGGACUAAAAUCCCAGUAUUUAAACUACAUUACCAGACCAUUGUUCAUCAUAAAGUACUAGAAGCUGUACAAAAACUAUGCUAAGAAAAAAAACAUUUCUGUUGGAGAAAUAUGCACUGAAAAACCUUUAGUAAGUCAUUUUUGGUACUGAAGCAUGUAAUAUCAUCAUAAAAUCAAUAAACUCCAAAACAUGAAUAUAUA